AUGUUAAGGAGGUAUUACACUACAUCAAUUUCUGUGUUUGACGGAGGUUGUUUACCUCCGACGCCGACGACAAGAAUCGGGCUCUUUUAUCAUCAGGCGUUCGUGCGGUGCAGUCGAGGUUCCGGAGUGCCAGUACCGUAUCUACUACUGGGCACGUCUUGGCCUUCCAGUGGAAGGGCCGCGGUGGUUACCUUUCCCGCUUCCCGGAUCUCGGUGCCGUACGGUGGUCAAUCUAGCCCUGGCGCCAUAACCGUCAACGAGAUUUCCCCUCUCGGCGCGACCGGAUUUGUGGAAGCCAGGUCCGCCGAUUCCGACAACAAGGGAAGACGCCUGCCGCAGGAAGGAUCGGCAACGCCCGCUCGACCUUGCCUCGCGGUUUCCAGCACAGCAACAACAACAGCCGUCAACCGUUAUUCGGCUGCAACGAAGACCCCCCCCCCCCCACGGGACUUCCGGCGGCACAGUCGAGGGCGCUCCUGUGACCGGCCAACGCAGAGGAGAACGCCGAAGGCGUUCAAUCCCGGAGAGCUGCUGCUGGAGUUACGGUACGUUUGUCCCUGAAGUGCUACACUAAACAC